AUGGGCGGGAGGAACAAGAAGCAGAAGGCGGCGGGGUCCGGGUCCGGGUCCGGGUCCGGGGCGGUGCGGGCCGCCCUGUCCAACGCCAGGGCCCAGGCGGCUCGGGCCGCGGGCACCGGGGACCCCAAGAAGCCCACCACGACACCGACCGCCGCGACCCCCAACGCCGCCGCCAAGGAGCCCCGCGCCAAGCAAGGGCCAAAAAUUUACAGCUUCAAUUCUGCGAAUGAUUCCGGUGGUCCUGCUAACCUGGACAAAUCCAUUUUGAAAGUGGUGAUUAACAGUAAACUGGAGGAGAGAAUUAUUGGAGUAAUCAAUGAGCAUAAAAGGCAAAAUAAUGAUAAAGGGAUGAUUUCUGGGCGGCUGACUGCCAAAAAACUACAGGACUUGUACAUGGCUCUACAAGCAUUUUCCUUUAAAACCGGAGACAUUGAAGAAGCUAUGAAAAAUACAAUUUUGUACGGAGGUGAUCUUCACUCUGCCCUGGACUGGCUUUGUUUAAACCUCCCAGAUGAGGCACUUCCCGAAGGAUUCAGUCAGGAGUUUGAAGAAGAACAACCCAAAAGCAGACCCAAAUUUCAGGCUCCUCAGGUGCGGGCGAUGACUCCCCCCCCGCAGCCACCCCCUACGAAAAAGAAAGAAGCCGAGUCUGAGACCAAGCAGAAAAGUGCUGGGCAAGUUCAAGAGUUGGAUAUGAAAGAAUGGAUUCUGCGGUAUGCUGAACAACAGAAUGAGGCAGAAAAGAAUGAAAACUCUGCUAAAAGUUUAGAAGAGGAGGAAAAAUUUGACCCCAACGAAAGGUACUUACACUUGGCGGCAAAGCUCCUUGAUGCGAAAGAACGAGCUCUUUCUUCCAAGCAAGAAAAGAACAAGCAAGGCCAGAAAGAGGCCCAAGAAAAAAUAAGGAAAUUUCAAAGGGAAAUGGAAACCUUAGAAGACCAUCCUGUGUUCAAUCCAGCUAUAAAGAUUUCACAGCAACAGAGUGAGAAAAAAAAACCUCCUUUACCCUCUGAAAAGGAAGGGGCUUUGAACUUGAAUUUAUUUGAAAAGUCUGGAGCUGCAGAAGAAGAGAAAGCCAAAAAGAAAGAGCCACGAGAUGUCAGAAAUUUUGAUUACACUGCUCGGAGUUGGACGGGCAAAUCCCCCAAGCAGUUUCUGAUUGAUUGGGUCAGGAAAAACCUUCCCAAAAGUCCAAAUCCUUCCUUUGAGAAAGUUCCAGCGGGUAAAUACUGGAAGUGUAGAGUGCGGGUGGUAAAGUCUGAAGGUGACGUUCUUGUGGUGUGUCCAACUAUUUUAACGGAGGACGGCAUGCAAGCUCAGCAUUUGGGGGCUACGUUGGCUCUUUAUCGUUUAGUCAAAGGACAGUCAGUCCAUCAGUUGCUCCCUCCCACAUAUCGAGAUGUUUGGUUGGAAUGGAGCGAAACCGAGAAGAAAAGGGAAGAGCAGAAUAAGAUGGAAACCAACAAGCCCCGGGACCAUUUUAUUGCCAAAUUGCUUAAUAAGCUCAAACAGCAGCAGCAGCAACAGCAACAACAAUCCGAAACUAAAAAAGAGAUCACCGAAGAUCCCGAGGAAUCCUGGGAGAAUUUAGUUUCCGAUGAAGAUUUUACGGCAUUAUCUCUCGAAGAACCCUAUGCGGAAGACUUGGAGCCUGUGAGAAAUCUCUUCAGGAAGUUGCAAAGCACAGCAAAAUACCAGAGACUUUUGAAGGAGCGGCAGCAGUUGCCCGUUUUUAAGCACAGGAAUUCCAUUGUUGAAACUCUUAAAAGGCAUCGUGUAGUUGUCGUGGCAGGGGAAACUGGAAGUGGCAAAAGUACUCAAGUACCUCAUUUCCUCUUGGAGGAUUUGUUGCUAAAUGAAUGGGGAUCGGGGAAAUGCAACAUCGUGUGUACCCAACCCCGAAGGAUCUCAGCCGUGAGCCUGGCCACCAGAGUCUGCGAAGAACUGGGCUGUGAAAAUGGACCCGGAGGAAGAAAUUCUUUAUGUGGAUAUCAAAUCCGAAUGGAGUCUAGAGCAAGUGAAGCUACUAGACUACUCUACUGUACCACAGGAGUUCUUCUACGAAAGCUGCAGGAAGAUGGGCUUUUGACAAACGUGUCUCAUGUAAUUGUAGAUGAGGUUCAUGAAAGAAGCGUUCAGUCUGACUUCCUGCUCAUUAUCCUGAAAGAGAUUUUACAGAAACGUUCCGAUCUGCACUUGAUUUUGAUGAGUGCUACUGUAGACAGUGAGAAAUUUUCUACCUAUUUCACACACUGCCCCAUUCUCAGGAUUUCAGGACGAAGUUACCCUGUUGAGGUUUUUCACCUGGAAGAUGUGGUAGAGGAGACCGGCUUUGUUCUGGAGAAAGACUCAGAAUAUUGUCAGAAAUUUCUGGAAGAGGAAGAGGAGAUAACCAUCAAUGUCACAGGCAAAGCAGGAGGAAUCAAAAAGUAUCAGGAGUACAUCCCAUCACAGACGGGACCUAGCGUCGAUUUAAAUCCCUACUACCAGAAGUAUAGCAGCCGCACCCAACACGCUGUUCUUUAUAUGAAUCCCCAUAAAAUCAACCUGGAUCUCAUUUUGGAGCUGCUUGCGUUCCUAGACAGAAGUCCCCAGUUCAGAAAUGUAGAAGGAGCAGUAUUAAUUUUUUUACCUGGACUUGCACACAUCCAGCAAUUGUACGAUCUCUUAUCAACAGACAGGCGGUUUCAUUCCAGAGAAAGAUACAAAUUAAUAGCCCUGCACUCGAUUCUGUCAACUCAAGAUCAAGCAGCAGCAUUCACGCUCCCUCCUCUCGGAGUCCGAAAGAUUGUUCUAGCGACCAACAUUGCAGAGACAGGCAUCACUAUACCAGAUGUGGUCUUUGUAAUUGACGCUGGCAGAACGAAAGAAAAUAAGUACCAUGAAAGCAGCCAAAUGAGUUCCUUGGUGGAGACGUUUGUGAGUAAAGCCAGUGCCCUGCAGCGCCAAGGGAGAGCGGGACGAGUUCGAGAUGGAUUCUGCUUCAGAUUGUAUACACGAGAAAGGUUUGAAGGCUUUAUGGACUAUUCGGUACCAGAAAUAUUGCGAGUACCAUUGGAAGAAUUGUGCCUUCAUAUUAUGAAAUGCAGCCUCGGUUCUCCCGAAGAUUUCCUGGCCAAAGCCCUAGAUCCUCCUCAGCCUCAAGUGAUCAGCAACGCAAUGAACCUGCUCCGCAGAAUCGGCGCUUGUGAGCUCGCCCACCCGAAGCUGACUCCCCUGGGCCAACAUCUCGCAGCACUGCCCGUGAACGUCAAGAUCGGGAAGAUGCUCAUAUUCGGGGCCAUUUUUGGCUGCUUGGACCCGGUGGCAACACUAGCUGCCGUUAUGACCGAGAAGUCUCCCUUUACAACCCCGAUUGGUAGAAAAGAUGAAGCCGACCUUGCUAAAUCAGCUUUGGGAAUGGCAAACUCUGACCAUCUGACGAUCUACAGUGCUUAUCUAGGGUGGAAGAAGGCUCGUCUAGAAGGAGGGUAUCGUUCUGAAAUGGCUUACUGCAGGAGGAAUUUCCUUAACAGGACAGCAUUGAUAACUCUAGAGGAUGUCAAGCAAGAACUAAUGAAGCUGGUGAAGGCAGCGGGCUUUACUUCAUCCACCCUUUCCAAUGACCGGGAUGGAAACCGCACUACACAAUCCCUCUCCCUCCAAGAGACGGCUCUCCUGAAAGCAGUGCUGACCGCCGGACUCUAUGACAACGUGGGCAAGAUCCUCUAUACUAAAUCGAUAGACGUCACCGAAAAACUGGCGUGCAUCGUGGAGACCGCUCAGGGCAAAGCCCAGGCCCACCCUUCUUCCGUCAAUCGAGACUUGCAGACCUACGGGUGGUUGCUCUACCAGGAGAAGGUAAGGUAUGCAAAGGUGUACCUGAGGGAAACCACUCUAAUUUCCCCGUUUCCCAUUUUACUGUUUGGAGGCGAUAUAGAAGUGCAGCAUCGGGAGCGUCUCCUCUCUGUCGAUGGCUGGAUCUACUUUCAGGCUCCUGUAAAGAUUGCGGUUAUUUUCAAACAACUGAGAGUUCUCAUCGAGUCUGUUUUACGGAAAAAACUUGAAAAUCCCAAGAUGUCCCUUGAAGAUGACAAGAUUUUACAAAUCAUCACAGAAUUGAUAAGAACAGAGCAUACCAACUGAAAUUAGAAUCGAGGGAAAAAAUUGCAUCGUCUUAAACAUUAAGUUGAAGAAGUGGUAACAACCGUAUGUGGAAAUGGACCAUCCCUAAAGUAUUUCAGUGUUUAAAAUGUUAAUACUAGGUGUAACUUGGAAGAAAACGCAUAGACUUUAAAUAUGUGUAAUUUUUCUAAUUCCUUUUUAAUGAUGGUGGUGAUUAACUGUAUUGGCCAGUUCAGUUACAAUAAAUUCUGUGGUGCCACUUGUCCUAAGAACCAGAGCCCAAUCCAAGGUAAAAAGUGAUUUCAAGCCUUGGUUUUGUGGCUCCAAAUUUGCCACAUUCCUCCCCUGUUUAGAUAAUCAGUCAGUGGUACUGAUUGAGCACUUACUGUGUGCAGAGCACUGUACUAAGUCCUUGGGAGAGUACAGUACAACAGAAUUAGCAGGCACGAUCCAUGCCCACAACAGAAUUAUCGAAGAUACAGUUUCCAAAUACGGCCCAGCUUGCCCUGCCACUGAAGCCGUUUUGGUUUCUAAAAUGACCUCUUUCCUAUAUUGAGAGGAAAUAGACAGCUAGUUGAAAAGAUCUGAAUAUUUUCCUUUGAGAAAACGUCACACUUCUUGAAGCCAAAAGCAGUUUUUUUUGUCAAGGCCAGGGAAGAGUUAAGGAUUCCCAUUCAUUUCAAGCAAAAACCAAUCAGUGGUGUUUAUUGAGCACCCACUGUGUGCACAGUACACUUAGCACCGUACUAAGCGUUUGGAAGAGAACCAGAUUUUGUAAACAGGCUCCCAACCCACAAGGGAUAAACGCUAUAUUGGUACAACAGUAUACAACCAUUUUCCUUAGGAAAACAAUUCCUGAGAUAAGAGUCAAGUUAGGAAAAUGCCAACUUGUGUUCAUUCAGUCAGUGAUACUUACUGAGCACUUACUAUGUGCCGAGCACUGUAUUAAGCGCUUGGGAGAGGACAGUACAACAGAAUUAGCCGGCAUGUUCCAUGCCCGUAGCGAGCUUACAGUUUAGAGUGGAGACAGACAUUAAUAUGAAUAAAAAGUAAUUUAUAUCACUUUCAGACCUCCUAGAAGCUGCUGAUUUAGAGGCCAAUCACAGUUCACAGGUGAGUUAAGUAAGGGCCGAGCUUUAUAAAGCCAUUUUGAAUCUGAUUCAAAAAUUGUGGCCAACCUACAGGAGACACCUUUUGAAGACUUCUCAACUGGCCAAAGGCUCUCCAUUUUUUUCCAAACAAUUUCACUUGAAGGUUAUAAAUGUGUGUAUGGAAAUAGCCCGUUUUUUGAAAGGAGAGAUAGAAGCUCCCAAACCAAAAGGAAACAGCAUAAGAUAGUAAUGUGGACACUUUCUGAAUGUCUUGUAGUGGGUAGGGAAUGUGUCUGUUGUAUUGCGCUCUCCAAAGCACGUGGUACAGUGCUGUGAAAAUAGUAAGCGCUCAAUAAAUACUAUUGGUGAUGAA